AUGUCUCAGUUAUUUCUCUUUAACUCAAUUUUCGAUUCUUUUUACUUCUUUUUAUUCAUUCUUUCUUUAUAUACAACAUUCUUACUUUUCUUUAAUUACUCUCAAUUAUUUCUUUUUGCCAAUUUAGUCUUUUGCCUAUCUUUCCUUCUAGCUUCUUUCAAUUUCACUAUUUCGUUCCUUUCCAUCUUUAAAUCUUUGACUUCAGAAUUUCUCUCUCUCUCUCUCUCUCUCUCUCUUUUUUUUUUGUUGUUGUUGUUGUCUUUUGUUCUGUCUCUUUCUUUCUUUCUCUCUCUCUCUCGGGUUUUCUUCCUUGAUGUUUUUUGUUCUGUUUGUUCAAUAUUUCUUUCUCUCUCUCUCUCUGUCUCUGUCUCUGUCUCUCUCUCUCUCUCUGGCUUUUCUUUCUUUGUUAUCUUUCGUUCUGUCUCUUUAAUCUUUCUUUCUUGCUCUUCUUCUACCGGGUUUCUUUGUUGUAUUUCGUUCUGUCAUAUGCCUCUUUCUUUCUUCCUUCCUUUUCUUUCUUUCUUUCUUUCUUUCUUUCUUUCUUUCUUUCUUUCUUUCUUUCCCUCUCUAUCUCUCUCGGUUUUCUUUCUUUUUUUGUCUUUUGUUCUCUCAUUUUCAAUCUUUCUUUUUAUCCCCUCUCGCUUUCUCUCUCUGUCUCUCUGUCUCUCUCCCUGUUUUCUUCCUUUCUUGUCUUUCGUUUCCUUUGUUGCCUUUCGUUCUGUCAUAUGCCUCUUUCUUUCUUUCUUUCCUUCUUUCUUUCUUUCUUUCUUUCUCUCUCUCUCUCUCUCUCUCUCUCUCUCUCGGUUUUCUUUCUUUUUUGUCUUUUGUUCUCUCAUUUUCAAUCUUUCUUUUUCUCCCCUCUCUCUCUCUCUCUUUCUCUCUCUGUCUCUCUCCCUGUUUUCUUCCUUUCUUGACUUUCGUUCUGUCUCUUUAAUCUUUCUUUCUUUCUUUCUUUCUUUCUCUUCUUCUACAGGUUUUCUUUGUUGCCUUUCAUUCUAUCAUAUGCCUCUUUCUUUCUUUCUUUCCUCUUUCUUUCUUUCUUUCUUUCUUUCUUUCUUUCUUUCUUUCUCUCUCUCUCUCUCUCUCUCGGUUUUCUUUCUUUUUUGUCUUUUCUUCUCUCAUUUUCACUCUUUCUUUUUUUUAAUUUAUGUUCCUUUCUUCUUCUUCUUCUUCUUCUUCUUCUUCUUCUUCUUCUUCUUCUUCUUCUUUAAACCUGUCCCUUUUCCUUUUUCAAGUCUGUUCAUAUCUAUCUAUCUAGCUAUCUCAGUCUGUUCAUUAUCUAUCUAUCUAUCUAUCUAUCUAUCUAUCUAUCUAUCUAUCUAUCUUACUCAGUCUGUUUAUUAUCUAUCUAUCUAUCUAUCUAUCUAUCUAUCUAUCUAUCUCACUUCUGAAUUUUUUUCUUCUUUUCCUUCUUUUUCUAAAUAUUCGUCUUCUACUCUCUCUCUCUCUCUCUCUCUCUCUCUAUCUCUUCUUCUUCUUUUAAAGUUAUUUCUUUUUUCUUCCUCUCGUCUUUCUGACUUACUUUUUCUUUCUUUCUAUUUUCGUUGUUUCUGUCUUUCUUUCAGUCUAUCUUUCUUUUUUCUUUCUUUCUGUCUUUACUUCUUUUUUUCUUCCUUUUUUUUUUCUUCCUUCUUUCUUUCUAUUUUCGUCGUUUCUGUUCUAUCUUUCUUUUUCUUUCUUUCUGUCUUUACUUCUGUUUUUCUUUUUUCUGUCUUCCUUUUUUUUUCUUUCUUCCUGUCUUUCUUUCUAUUUUCGUUGUUUCGUCUUUUCAGUCUAUCUUUCUUUUUCUUUCUUUCUUCUUUACUUUCUUUUCUGUCUUUUUUUCUUUCUUUUUUUCUUUCUAUUUUCGUUGUUUCUGUCUUUCUUUCAGUCUUUUUUUUUUUUCUUUCUUUCUGUUUUACUUCUUUUUCUUUGUUUCUGUCUUUUUUUUUUCUUUUCUUCCUCUUUCUUUUCUUUUUCUUUGUUUCUGUCUUUCUUUCAGUCUAUCUUCUUUUUUUUUUCUUUCUUCUUUCUUCUGUUUUUUCUUUCUUCUUCCUUUUUUUUCUUUCUUCCCUAUUUUUUCUUUUUCGUUUCUGUCUUUCUUUCAGUCUAUCUUUCUUUUUUCUUUCUUUCUGUCUUUACUUCUGUUUUUCUUUCUUUCUGUCUUCCUUUUUUUCUUUUUUUCCUGUCUUUCUUUUUUUUCGUUGUUUCUGUCUUUCUUUCAGUCUAUCUUUCUUUUCUUUCUUUCUUUUUUUCAGUUUUCUUUCUUUCUUUCUUUUUUUUUUUUUUUUCUUCCUGUCUUUCUUUCUAUUUUUCGUUGUUUUGUCUUUCUUUCAGUCUAUCUUUCUUUCUUCCUUUUUUUUUCUUUUUCUUUCCUGUCUUUUUUUUUCUUUCUUCCUGUCUUUUUCGUUUUCGUUGUUUCUGUCUUUCUUUCAGUCUAUCUUUCUUUUUUCUUUCUUUCUGUCUUUACUUCUGUUUUUCUUUCUUUCUGUCUUCCUUUUUUUCUUUCUUCCUGUCUUUCUUUCUAUUUUCGUUGUUUCUGUCUUUCUUUCAGUCUAUCUUUCUUUUUUCUUUCUUUCUGUCUUUACUUCUGUUUUUCUUUCUUUCUGUCUUCCUUUUUUUCUUUCUUCCUGUCUUUCUUUCUUUUUCUUGUUUCUUUCUUUCUUUCAGUCUAUCUUUCUUUUUUUCUUUCUGUCUUUACUUCUGUUUUUUUCUUUUUUUCUGUCUUCCUUUUUCUUUUUCCUCUUUCUUUCUAUUUUCGUUGUUUCUGUCUUUCUUUCAGUCUAUCUUUCUUUUUCUUUCUUUCUGUCUUUACUUCUUUUUUUCUUUCUUCUUCCUUUCUUUUUCUUUCUUUCUAUUUUCGUUGUUUCUGUCUUUCUUUCAGUCUAUCUUUCUUUUUUCUUUCUUUCUGUCUUUACUUCUGUUUUUCUUUUGUCUUUCUUUCUGUCUUCCUUUUUUCUUUCUUUCUGUCUUUCUUUCUAUUUUCGUUGUUUCUGUCUUUCUUUCAGUCUAUCUUUCUUUUUUCUUUCUUUCUGUCUUUACUUCUGUUUUUUUCUUUCUUUCUGUCUUCUUUUUUUCUUUCUUCCUGUCUUUUCUUUUCUAUUUUCGUUGUUUCUGUCUUUCUUUUCUAUCUUUUUUUUCUUUGUCUUUUACUUCUUUUUUUUUUCUUUCUAUUCCUUUUUUCUUUUUUUCUUUUUUUUCUUGUUUCUGUCUUUCUUUCAGUUAUCUUUUUUUUUUCUUUCUUUCUGUCUUUACUUUGUUUUCUUUUUUCUUUCUUUCUGUCUUCCUUUUUUUUCUUCUUUUUCUUUGUUUUUCUGUCUUUCUUUCAGUCUAUCUUUCUUUUUUCUUUCUUUCUGUCUUUACUUUUUUUCUUUUGUUUUCUUUUCUGUCUUUUUUAUUCUUUCUUUCUUUUCUUCUUUUUUUUUUCUUGUCUUUCUUCCUGUCUUUCUUUCUUUUUUUUUCUUGUUGUCUUUCUUUCUUUUUUUCAGUCUAUCUUUUUUUUUUUUUUCUUUUUCUUUUGUCUUUCUUUCUUUUCAUUGUUUCUGUCUUUCUUUCUUUCUAUCUUUUUUUUCUUUCUUUCCUGUUUUCUUUCUUUUCUGUCUUCCUUUUUUCUUUCUUUCUGUCUUUCUUUCUUUUUUGUUUCUUUCUUUCUUUCACUUCUUUUUUCUUUUUUCUUUUUUUUGUUUUCCUUUUUUCUUUCUUCCUGUCUUUCUUUCUAUUUUCGUUGUUUCUGUCUUUCUUUCAGUCUAUCUUUCUUUUUUCUUUCUUUCUGUCUUUACUUCUGUUUACCUUUUUUCUUUCUUUCUUUUUGUCUUUUUUCUUCCUCUCUUUUUCUUUCUUUAUUUUUGUCUUUGUUUUUUCUUUCUUUCUUUCUUUCUUUCUUUCUUUCUUUUAUCCUUCUGUCUUUUCCCAUUUCUUUCUAUCUUUCUUUUUGUCAUUCUUUCUGUUUUUGCUUUUCUUUCUUUUUGUCUUUCUUUUUGUCUUUCUUUUUGUCUUUCUUUUUGUCUUUCUUUUUCUGUCUUUCUUUCUGUUUUUCUUUCUGUCUUUCUUCAACGACAUGAUGCUAUCUUUCUUUCUUCUUUCCUUUUAAUUUUUCCCCAGAGAUCAGCAUCAAACAGAUAUACAUAUAUAUUCAUAUCUAAUUCUUUCCAUCGACACAACCCUUCGCCUACUGGUGAUACGGUAAAUAAUCAUUUACUAGACGCACGAAGAGCCUCAAGAUUAAUCUAUCUCAGUGGGUUCAUUAUCUAUCUAUCUAUCUAUCUAUCUAUCUAUCUAUCUAUCUAUCUAUCUCAGUGGGUUCAUUAUCUAUCUAUCUAUCUAUCUAUCUAUCUAUCUAUCUAUCUGGUUAUAUAUAUAGUUAGCUAUUUCUGUCAGUCCGUAUCUAUCUAUCUAUCUAUCUAUCUAAUAGCUAUCUCUGUCGGUCCCUAUCUAUCUUUCUAUCUAUCUAUCUAUCUGAUCAUAUAUCUAGUUAGAGAGCUAUCUCUGUCGGUCCCUAUCUAUCUAUUUAAAGAGCUAUCUUUGUCGGUCCCUAUCUAUCUAUCUAUCUAUCUAUCUAUCUAUCUAUCUAUCUAUCUAUCUGUCUGUCUGUCUGUCUGUUCAGAUGUGAAUGUUCUGGGAAUCGUGACCAACGAGGGAGAUGCCAUGCCUCCACACUUCUUUACUCAUUUUUAA